AUACCUAGCUUAUUGGACUUUGACGGGUAUACGUCGACCACCUUGAGAGCAGUUUAAACCCGGGAUAGAUUAUGGUAUCGCUCUAAGUGACCGGUAGCUAUGUCCAUCGACACGGGUACAUGUUGACCAUUCGUAUGGAUUUGGCGGAGCCUGGCUAUAAUUGUUACUGUAUCACAUUGUGAAGCGGAUAGUUAUGUAAUCUUCUAUCGACCUAAGCGUCCCGAACCCUGACAAGCAUGGUGUAUGUCACUGUGAGAUAUGGUGAUUGCGAGGAGGAAAUCUUUAACCCUUUCUGUCGAGCCCGCAAUCUAUUACGGAGUAUAAAACAGAAAUGUCGAUGUAAAAAUGACUUUGACAUUGAACUUUGUGAUGAAUCAGGUAAUAUCAAAUUUCUACGAGACGUUCCGAACAGAUAUGCAAAUGAGAUACUGACGGAGAGGGAGACGUUGGUGCUCCUUCGAGUUGAUAAAACGACCGAGACCUCCGACACUUAUGUACCGCUACUGAACGAUGACGAGUCUAUUAACGAGGAAUUCACAGGUAAGCCAGGUUAGCCGGAAGGGGCAUGUACGACAGUCGACCCGGAAGCAGAAGAGUGAGGUCAAAUACACGCAGACAGAAAAACGACAAAAAUGGCGACCGAGAUCGCUCCAAAGAAAAACUGAAGUCUGCUCGCCCUGAGAAAAGGUCCAAGUCAAGACAGGGAAAAUAGACACUCAUCGAUAGCUAAAGCUGUUUAUUAAUUGAUAAUAGUUAAACAUGUAGCUAUAUUUUAAGUCGACUUAUUAAGAUAGCUAUACCUUAAUUUGCUAUAGGUUUAAAUCAUGUUAUUGGUUUUUUUUAAACAGAGGAUUGGAAUAAAAAAACCAAUUUGUAUUUCCAAUAGAAGAAAAUGCUUCUAACACAUAACAAGCACUGAUUGUGGCAAAAAAAUGUUAUAUUUGAAUUUUGUUUUACAUUUUCUACAAUUGUGACUGCUGUUUCUUGUGAAUAAACUAAUGAAAUGAU